UACCACAGCCGCAGGACCCGGUCUCGGUCCCACUAGUAAUAUAUUGUAGACCACUCCGCAGCGCUUUUAUUAUCGGUCCUCAGUCAGUCCCCAGUCCUCUCCUCCAACCGAGACGGUGCUCGUCAGACAGAGACGCCGCCAUGCUGGCAACGACGACGUCUGCCCUGGCAUUCAGCGUGUGUCUCGCCGCCGUCGUCUCUGGCUUUUCUUUCACCUUCACCAGCGAACCACAACAAUGCGCGAACCUCUCCCUCAGCAUCACCGGCGCUGGCACUCCUCCCUACAGCGUCCUCAUCAUCCCCUAUGGCCCGUCCCCCCUCCCAAACAACGUAGAAGCACGGACAAUCGUGUACGAACAGUUCCCUGGAAACUCAUCCAGCGUUAGCUUUCAGCUCAAGUAUCCUUCGACCUCCCAGUUCGUUACUGUGGUCAGCGACAGCUCGGGCUUCGGCACAGGCGGCACGAGCGUCGCUGCAACCGUCAUGAGCAGCAGCGACAGCAGCUGCUACAAUGCUACCGAAAACGUAUCUCCCGACUUCCCUUUCAACAUCGUUCCCUCAAAUCAGGUCGUCCAGUGCUCACCUAGUAGACUGUGGUGGGACCCAAGCCAAGUACAAGGGACCGUCAGCUUCCAAGGCGUCAUUCCAGGCGGGCAAUCCUUUGCUAUACCCGCAGGCACACUAUCUCAAGUCGCAGACGAAGGAACUGGGUUCAACUGGACGGCUUCCGUGCGUGCCGGUACUACCCUCAUUCUAGUUGCCGGGGACGGUCGAGGACUUGGAUCGGGAGGAAGUGGUUUAUACAACGUGGCUGCCGGCCUUUAUCCAGACAGCUCUUGUCUCAGCAACAGUUCUCCAUCUUCAACAGCAGGCCCCCCUGCAGGUGGUAGCUAUCCUACCGAUGUCAGCGGUGAUCAGACUCCAGGAAAUAGUAGCCAUAGUUCCAACGUUGGUGCUAUAGUCGGCGGAGUUGUCGGCGGUCUAGUUUUCGCUGCCCUCCUCGUUUUGGCUGGACUGUACAUCAUAAGACGGAAGACAUCCUCAUCAAACAAGGAACAACCUGUUGAUCUCCUUCACGGCGAUCCAGACGAUAGUGACCAGGCUCCACCACCGGACCUUCCCGAAUAUCGUCCCGAGCCUUUCCUUGCAACAGAACCCACAGAGGCGUCAUCCUCCUACCAACCAGACGACACCGGACGUCUCUCAGUAGCGGGAUCCCGCUACGGUGCGCUAUCAGAUCGACCCUUAUCCACCAUGAGCCUCAGCGAAAUGCAAUCUGCUCGCUCUGGCACCCCAGAUAGGGACAUGCGUCACGUUUCUGGACCAUCAGCGUCCAUGGUCACUAGCUCGCGCAAGUCGCCGCAGCCAAGACAGCUGAGGCCCGUGAACAUCAUCCAGCACGAAGAUGCUGGACCCUCGGAAGUAGAUUCCGAAACCAUCGAACUCCCCCCUGCCUAUACCAACAUUAAUCGCAAAACGACUCAGGCUGAACCGGAGUUGUAGUACCCGCUUUUCUCCCUAUUUCGUCUUCGACGCUUUGGUUAUCUGCUUAUCGUAUUCAUUAUUCCCUUUACUGACUUGCCCUUCCCCGAGAGGCAAAUGCUUAUCACCGGACUCCACCUUCCCCCUUUCAGACAGAUCGCUUUCUUGCCCUUCCCAUGCAAAUGUACGAUUCCUUUUCCGUAAUCGUAUACCGCAGUUUUUUUUUCUUACAAAAACAGGACAGAAUUCCCAGCCUACUUUCGCAUCUCGCCACAUCACCGUACUACUCCACAGCCUUCUCACGUACAUUUGGUAUUCACUGUAUACAUAUGUAUCUAGUGCGCAUCGGGAUAUGCACGCAUCACCUAUGAUGUCAAAGCGGAUCCUGAUCGCCAGAGUCCCGGACGAGAGUGGAAGAUAUUAAAAGCUUUCAUGUAUGUACAUAGAUCCCACUAAUGGGUGCUGUGAGCUUGGAUACAAGGUUCAGA